CACUGAUGAAGCAAGACCGAUAUCCAGAACGCGUAUUCAACAUCUCCUACGUCCUAUCCCUAUAUCUCAUUGUAUUGUCCAGGUAUCCCCUCACCGACAAUAAAAAACCAUCCGCGAUGAUCUCGUCGCACGGAACUCCCAGCCUUGGGCAGGUCAUCCUCGGCAAUCGACGAUGACGAUCCUACAUCCACUCGAUAUCUAUGCAUAACGUCUAUAGGCCCAACGCUGUUAUAUAUGAAGCUCCUAGCUUAUCUGAUUCUCCCGCAAUUGCAUUAUUGAGUGCAUGACGAAGGAAUGCAUGGGGAAUAAUCGUCCAGCUUAAAAAAGUGGCGGCCAGAGUGAUCAUCCUUACCUUGGGUCCAACACGAGCGUAGUUUUAUUCGCAGAUGCCGAGAGUGCGAAUCGAGAACAGCCGACCCUUAUUUCGUGCUCAACCCUGUGAUGGUUCGGUGGGGACCUUAUACACAACCUCCAUCUAUGUUUCCG